AUGCGUUCUUUCGUCUUCUCCUCGCUUUUGGCUCUCACCUCAGCCCUAUCCGUUGAGGACCUCUACGUCUCCGAGGCCCCCUCCUCCCCUCGCCCCUAUAUCCUCCCUCACUAUGAGAACUCCCAUGCCGUGACGAUCGACUCCCAGCUCUACCGAUUUACCGUCACCGGCCCCUCCUCCGACUAUGCCUUUACCCUGAUGAGCACCAAUGCGCCCUCGAGCAGCUCCCUCGGUGUCCUGCCACACAUUCACCGCACACACUAUGAGAACUUCUUCAGCUUCAAGGGCCGCUUCCAGCUCUGGGCCCAAAAGGGCGAUGGAGAACAAGAAGCUCGUCUCCUCACCCAGGGAGACUAUGGUUCUGUUCCCCGGAACACUACCCACACCUUCCAGAUCCUCGAUCCGGACACCGAGAUGGUGGGAGUGAUUGUUCCUGGUGGAUUCGAGGACCUCUUCUACGCCCUCGGCACCAACUACACCUCCGGAACCGAAACCCCCUACGUACCUGGCUCCGGCAACUCCUCUUCAUCCUCCGCCACCGGCCCCGACAGCAGCACCAUCUCCGGCCUGCAACAAUACGACGUCUACGCCCAGCUCGACUUCACUCCCCGCCGGGACAUCGUCAACGGCUCCGCCCCCUCCGAUUCCGGCUGGCACACCGAGUCCGAUACCCUCGGCGCCGCCGGCAAGCCGUACUUCAUCGCCAACAACUACGGUCCCAAGUACCUCAACUCGCAGUACGGGGCGUACCAGAUCGUGCAGCCAUUGGUGACGGCCACGCAGGCCCAAGAUACGAACUAUACCCUGUCGACGAUCAUCAUGAGUCGGCAGCCGAGCAAUGCGACGGCGCCGACGUGGACGGCGGGCCCGGCAGCGUUUGAGGUGCUGGAGGGUAGCGUGCAGGUGCAGAUUGGGGAGUAUGAGACUGCGAGAGUGGAGAUGGGAGAUGUGGUGUUUGUUCCUAAGGGUGUGACGUAUCGGUAUUGGAAUGAGGGGGCGCAGGCGAAGGUGUUGUAUUGGCGACGCGUCGGUGUGAUGGAAAUCCAGCACGUUGCAGGACCAAGAAUCCCCGGGUGCGGGGGUGGGCUUGGCUGA